AUGUCCACCCAGUCGAAGCCAGUCCCGCAACAGCAGCUAACGCCCUUUGGUGCUGCACUUGCAGGCGCCCUUGGAGGCUGCUUCAGCACUGCGGUCGUUUAUCCCUUGGAUGUUGCGAAGACACGGAUUCAAGCUUUGCCCAAGACAAAUGGCGUCAAGGUCGAUACCUCAAUGCUCUCCGUAUUGCUCAAGGUCUACAAGGCCGAGGGUGUAGCCGGUCUUUACAGAGGCUUUGCAGCGACGAUGAUCAAUACCUUCUCUCAACAGUAUGCGUAUUUCUUCUUCUACUCGUUCGUGCGGUCCUCGUACACCAAACGCUUGAUGAGCAAACUGCCUCCCGGGUCCAAGAUCCCUCCCCUCUCAACAGUGGCCGAGCUCAUGCUCGGCGCGUUGGCGGGUGCACUGGCACAAAUCUUCACCAUUCCCGUCUCCGUCAUUGCUACCCGACAGCAAGUGGGACGACCUGCGAAGAUCCGCCCUGACAUCCCAAUCGAAGCUGUUGUGGAUAGCAAGACCGACGACUCCUUCUUUGGAGUCGCGAAGGAGAUUGUAGAGGAGGAGGGUGUUACCGGUCUCUGGCUCGGUAUUAAACCAGGUCUUGUCUUGACUGUCAACCCCGCCAUUACAUAUGGCGUUUUUGAACGAGUUAAAAGCAUCGUUCUGCUCGCGGGCAACCAUGGCACCAAGCUCUCACCAUUGCUAUCUUUCAUCAUUGGCGCUAUUAGCAAAACGCUGGCCACUGUCGUAACAUACCCUUAUAUCAUGGCUAAAGUGAGAAUACAAGCCCGAAGCGCUGAUGCAGAGGCUGCCGUCGAGGAGAAGACCGAACUUCCCAAACCUCACCAAUACCACCACAAGGACAGCCGCCACGUCGGUGCCCUUGAUAUCCUCGCCCGUGUGUGGAAGAAGGAAGGGUUCGUGGGCUGGUACCAGGUCAGCAUCAUUCGUCAUUUCCCAUCCGCUCCUCUCGCUUAUCCGAAAUAUCUUCAUCAGGGAAUGCAAGCACAAAUCACCAAGGCUGUCAUUUCCCAGGCCCUUCUCUUCAUGUCGAAAGAGCAGUUCGAGCAAUGGGCGCUUGCUAUUAUGAUUUCUUUCGCCCGAUUCCAGGCGAAGCGGCAAUAG